GAUGAUGGAGCAUUGAGUCAGGCGCUUCUAGGGCCGAGAUUAUCUGAUGGAUGGUGUCUAAGUUUGUCAGGAAAAACAAGCUUCAAAAGACGACACAUUAUUGCCGUCCCGGGGCAAGACUCAGCCAUUGCAGCGUGUGCAUAUACAACAGACGAAGAUUUUAUCUAAAUAUCAAGAUGGAUUUCUGGUUGUUAUGCUGUGCCUCGUCACUUCUACUUUCUCUCCCCUUUGUACAUUCUUUGAAGCCUGUGGAUAAGCACCCAUUCUAUUUGAACACACGCGAGUGCAUGGACAUGUUCCCAGAAACCUUGGCCGAGGAUUCUACUAAUGCCCAGAUGUUGAAGUCUCAGGAACCAUUCGACAUCCAUAUCAGUAACAAUGAAUAUAAUGAAGAUUCCAUCAUAAAAGUUAAGAUAUUUACCAAGAAGCCGUUCCAGUCUGACUACUCAAUCAAAGGCGCUCUGUUGCAGGCAAGGAUAGCAAAUUGUCAGGACAAAGACCACCAGACAGCGAUAGGGAUAUUUCAGCAAAAACCCAAAGGCUCAUUCCUGCAAACAGUCCAUUGCGAAAAUUCUCUAGCAAAUGGAGUUGCUAUUGGCGUCUUAACAGAAGAUAAACCCAAUCCGUUGUUAGAAACUACCAUAGACUGGUCACCGUCCUCUGGAAAGGAUAACAGGACGCUUUACUUCGUAGCCACAGUUUUGAGUACUAAUGACACGUUCUUCACCGACAUUACCAGCAAAUUUCUGUACCACCAUUCUCAGCGGGAUAAUCCGCCCCCAGCCGAGUACUGCCAGCUGAGGAAACUUCUACAGACUGGAUCCGCCUCCGGUCUCAGGGGACCUGCAAUCCUAGUCCUCACCCUCGUCUCCAUUUUAAUAUUUUCAUUUCAAAAUUGUGAUUGAUUGUAUAUACUAGUACUGAAAUAUAUAAGUCACCUCAUGCAAUUUGAUCAUAAUCUUAUAUCAAUCUUCUGAAGUUUCAUUUCAUAGUGGCACAAUGAUAACCAAAAGCUAUAAAAUGGGAGUUUGUAGUUAUAAAUAAUUUUUCAUAUCUGCAUGUUUCAAUCGAGAAUCGUCAACAUAUUUGAUAUGCACAAUGUGUUUGACAAAGAGCUUCGCAAGUAUGUAUAAUAUCAGCAAACUUUGAAUAAAAUGAUACACGAUAAC